CACAAGUAACGUCAUGCGUUCCGGCAUAUUUUUUGAAGCUUUCUCUCGUCAACUGAUUAUAUUUGGUUGGGACUCCGAUGAGGAGUGCUUCCGGUUAGUGGAGAUAGUUGAUAACACAGAAUUGUGGCGUCAGUCCCAGUUCAACGUUCACCUGGCCCUUGUACCACCUGAAGCUGACAGAGAGUGGAAGCGUCAGUCCAGCUAUUUAACAAAAGAAUUGUUGCACAAGUUGAACCUGAAAGUCUUUUCCCAAGUUCAGCCAGGACAAGUUGACGAACUUUAUGGAAGUUUGGCAAACGACAGCAAUAGUGUUGCUGGUUACACUUCGAAUACUGUCAGAACUCCCAUUUUUACUCCCACACCUUCGGAAAGAAGAGCAAGCAAUCACUCAACUCCCGAAGAAAUAACGAAAUUUAAUAUGGACGCAACACAACGACUAGAUACUUUGUUAGAACACUACCGUAAUCUGGCAAAUGAUUGUGAAGAACAUGAUUAUGCGGACAAAUACUUGUGGAGAGAAGAAUAUUUAUUACUAGGUGAACAACAAGUCUCUUUUAUAUUAUUUAUGCUGCUCUUCUCUCUUCCAGGUUUGGAACAGUGGAAGAAAUUAACUGACUUGCUGUGUUCUUGCGAUGACAUGUUGUUUUCUCGUGCACAUUUGUUCUCUAUUUUCACUAGGAACCUUCGUUUUCAACUAGAAGCGGCACCAUGUGAUCUUUUUACGGAUGAACUUUCGGUUGACAACUUUCUUCGUGGCUCUCUUGAGAAACUCUUUGAUGUUGCUGAUGAGACGUCGUCACUUGAUGCAUCGUUGAAAAAACAUAUAGAAAAGCUAAAGGAUAUGGUCAUAGCUAACUUUGGAUGGUGUUUUCGAGAGGGCAAAACAUUUUUUUCGAUGGAUGACAAUUUAGAGGACGAGCCAACUUAUGUUCCUUAUGAGAAGUGUGCGACAUAUUUGUCAAAUGACUCAGAAGUUCAACCAGAUGGAAAAAGUUCGACAGAAUCGCUUUCUAAAACCAUGAGCCGAACCUUCAACGAAAUAAGAUCAGUUGAAAGCAGUGACUUCCAGUCCCGUAAGCAAAAUCUACAAAAGGCAUUGGACUCUGUCAAUCCUCAUAUAUUACCUUGAGAAAUCUCUUUUCAAUCUCAAGCAAAAUGUUUAUU